CAUACGCCGUCUAGCCGUUCUCGUCUUCGCCGCCGCCCCGCUCAGAAUGGUGAGGGAUCUCGGGGCGCUGCGCCGCACGCCGGCGAAGGAUUCGGCCACCGGAGCUGGCAACGACGAGAACGCGCCGGCUGACGCCUCGGACGCGGCGCCCGUCGUCGUCGCGGCCGGCGUGGAGCCCGAUGCGGCGGCGAGGCCGCCCCUCCUCGCGAUCCAGCCGCCGCAGCACUCGGGGCUGAAGCGGAAGCCGGAGUCGCCGGCGCCGACGCCCUCGAAGCUCCCGUUCCGGACGCCGGAGAAGGCGGCGGCUCGGAGCCGGUUCGGGUGGGUCCCGCCGCGGGGCGACGACCCACCGCCUCGUGUGGGCAGCACGCCGUACAGCGCAGUGACGACUCCCGGGAGGCAUCGGGGGAAGUCCGUGGCGGCGCCGGCGGCCUCGGAGGGUGGUGGUGGGUCCACGCAGAGCACGCCGACGAAGAGCGUGUCGAAGCCGGCGUACAGCAUUGGGAUGAGCGCGUCGAGGCCGCCGAUGAGCGGAGGGCAGCGGGGUGCCGGCUUGGGGUUGGGGUUCUCGAUGGCCGCGAGGGGGACGCCCGUGUCCUUUGCUCCGGUGACGGUGGUGAAUACCGCAGAGGUGCCGCAUUUUGAGCUCCGGGAGGAUCCCUCGUUCUGGAUGGAGAACAAUGUGCAGGUUGUUAUCCGUGUGCGCCCUCUAAAUAACACUGAAAAAAACCUCCAUAACUAUAAUCGAUGUUUGAAACAAGAGAGUGCACAGAGCAUCACAUGGAUUGGGCAGCCAGAAAGUCGUUUUACAUUCGACCAUGUUGCUUGUGAAGCAGUGAAUCAGGAAGUGCUUUUCCGAGUUGCUGGUUUACCAAUGGUUGAGAACUGCAUGUCCGGCUAUAAUAGCUGUAUCUUUGCUUAUGGCCAGACUGGAAGUGGAAAGACAUACACAAUGCUUGGCGAAAUCAGUGAGCUGGAAGUGAGGCCUAGUCCAGAUCGUGGAAUGACACCACGUAUUUUUGAGUUCUUGUUUGCAAGAAUCAGAGCGGAAGAAGAGAGCCGUAGGGAUGAGAAGCUAAAAUACAAUUGCAAAUGUUCUUUCCUGGAGAUUUACAAUGAACAAAUCACAGACCUUCUUGAUCCUUCAUCCACAAAUCUUCCACUGCGAGAAGAUAUACGGAAGGGUGUUUACGUUGAAAAUCUAACUGAACUUGAAGUUGGCUGUGUUAGUGACAUCAUAAAACUUUUGAUGCAGGGUUCUGCCAACAGGAAAGUGGCUGCUACAAACAUGAACCGUGAGAGUAGCCGCUCCCAUAGUGUUUUCACAUGUAUCAUUGAGAGUCGGUGGGAGAAAGAUUCAGCGUCUAACUUACGAUUCGCGAGGCUGAAUCUAGUUGAUCUUGCUGGGUCAGAAAGGCAGAGGACAUCUGGUGCUGAGGGUGAGCGGCUGAAGGAAGCUGCUAAUAUUAACAAAUCAUUAUCAACACUCGGCCUUGUCAUAAUGAGUUUAGUUGAUCAAGCACAUGGGAAGCAAAGGCAUGUUCCGUACAGAGACUCAAGAUUGACAUUUCUCCUUCAGGAUUCCCUUGGCGGGAACUCAAAAACCAUGAUCAUUGCAAAUGUCAGCCCUUCAAUGUGUUCCGCUAGUGAAACACUCAGUACCCUGAAGUUUGCCCAGCGUGCUAGGCUCAUUCAGAACAAUGCCAUUGUGAAUGAAGAUGCUUCAGGAGAUGUGCUGGCUUUGCAACAUCAAAUACGCCUUCUAAAGGAGGAGCUUGCUGUCCUCAAGCGUCAACAUGUCACUAGAUCUUUGUCGUUCACUUCUGACAUUUUUGAAAGGUCUGGAGUUGAUGCUGAUGAUGGAGCUGAACGCAUGAAUAUGGAUGAGGAAAAUGAUAAUGAUGCCCAUGACAGAAGAUCCCUGCAAGAUUUAAGUACUUCAAAUAAGCAACUGAGGUUGCUGGAAGAAACACUAGCAGGAGCAUUCAGAAGAGAAUCAAUGGCAGAAACCACUGUAAAACAACUUGAAGCUGAGAUUGAGCAGUUGAAUCGACUGGUUUAUGAGAGAGAGAAGGACACAAGGUGUGCAAAGAUGAUGCUGAAGUUUCGAGAUGAUAAGGUUCACCGGAUGGAGGCUCUUGUUCAUGACAAACUCCCAGCUGAAUCAUAUCUACUUGAAGAAAACAGUGCAUUAUUGAAAGAGAUUGAUUUGCUUCGUGCAAACAUUGACAAAAAUCCAGAAGUAACCCGCUUUGCCCUAGAAAAUAUUCGUCUCUCAAACAAACUCAAGAGUUACCACCAAUUUUGUAAGGAAGGGGAGAGGGAGCUUUUGCUGAAUGAAGUUUCCAACCUUCGGAAUCAGGUCUUACCAAUACUUGAUGGGAGGACAGAAGCUGAGCAACAAAAUAAUUUCCCUGCCAACCUUGAGGAUAAAGAACAUCAUUGCCCAAGUUCAGCAAAUAAUGCUGAAACUUUACAUACUGAGUUGAAAAGGACCUCCCGAGAAUUGGAAACCUGUAGAGGAGAGCUGCAAGUCUGCUUAGAAGCAAAUGGAAAACUAGCGAGGGAAAUAGCUGAUCUACAAAACGAAUUAAGUAAUAUAAUAAACUCAAAUAGAGAGGACCAAACUAAUGCGGUUGAGAAAUUUUCAUCCGUUUUGAACCAAUAUGAUUCUCAUGCACCUGAAAAGAAGGAUCAGUUUUUUCAUGAGGGUUUCACCAUAAACACAGAUGAUAUAUUAAAUCUGCAGCUGGAGUUGGACAUAAUUAAGACAAUACUGGCUGAAGAGAGAACAACCCGUGCAGAAGUUGAGAAAAGAACUACUUGUUUAGGCAACGAGCUAAAAACAGCAAACAUUCGUAUCCUUGAAACAUGUAGGCAGGGUGAGACCAUGCAAAGUGAAUUGAGUGAUGCAAGAUCUGUUAUUGAAGCUCUUGAGUCACAACAGAUUAUGUUGAUAAAUGAACUAGAUGAGCUGAAGGAGACAAAUCAACAAAGCUUAGAACAUCUAAAGAACAGAGAUCUGGAAAUUGCAAGAUUAAAAAAUGAGCUUGAUGUGUACCGCAGGCAAGAUUUUUUGGCUAUGGAAGAGCCAAAAGUGCAACUUCUGAAGUGUUUUGAGAAUGAUGAUUCACCUUUUCAGAUAAAACUGAAAAGAAUGCAAGCUUCACUUGAGAAGGCACGCAACUUAAAUACAAGGUACCAAAGAGAUCAGGCAUCUCACAGUUCUGCUCAGCAAGAAAUGGAUGAAGUCCGUAGACAGGUUGAGGUUGAAACAGCCGAGGUGAUUAUGUGCUUGCAGGAAGAGCUUGUAUCACUCCAACAGCAGUUAGAUGCCAGUACCAAAAAUGAAUUAUUGGCCAACCAAAGACUAGAUGAGGCUCAACUGGAAAGCGAACAGUUGAAUGAUAGGCUACUUGAGUUGAUGAAAGAGAAUGAAUGCUCUUCCGCCUUAAUAAAGGAGAAAGAAAAGAAAAUUGGGAUGUUGACCAGUGAAUGGGAUAGAUUAACUUCUGAUAUUGGAAGCUUCCUUUUAGAUGGAAAUUCAGCUCUUGAUGAAGCUUCUGACCAGGCUGCCUUUAUCUCUGAAUCUAUCUCCCACAGAAAAUGGAUCGGUGAUCAAGUCCAGAAAAUGUGUCAAGGUAUAUCUCAUAGAGACGAGUUACUCAAAGAGCUCCAAAAUCGGUUGAAGGAGGCAGAUGACAUAAGAUGUGACUUGGAUCUGAAGUUAAGGUCCUUAAGAGGAGCAAUGCAGGCUAUAAAUGACACGCAUCAACAAGAGAAGAAUGAUCAAGAAAAAGUUAUGUCUCUUUUAAGAUCACAAAUAUCUAAUGAAGGAAAUGUGCUUCAACAGCAACGUGAAGAGCUUCAAAGGAUACAGCUGUUGUUGGAUGAAUCCAUUGAAACUUCUGUGCAGAAGGAGGUGAUAGAACAAAACUAUAUUUCUUUACAAAGGGUGAUGGGGGAAGAGAUUCAUCGGCUGGAGUUACAAUUAGACCAGUCAAAGAGAGAUUUCACUCAAUUAUUGAGUGAGAUCCAGGACAAGCAACAUGGCUUUGAGAGGCUGAAAAAUGAAGAAAGCACUGUUUUAUUAAAAAUGCUGUCAGAUGUUCUGAAGGCAAAGGGUAUAAUACACGAGUUUGAAACUGGAUUCAAUGCAAUGCACUCAAGCUUUUCUGUGGAUCGUGAAGUGGUCGUUUGCCAAAAUUCAGACUUGAACGUGGAGGAUCGGGUUGGCUGUGAUCCAACUGGAGCCUUCAAAUCUGGGGAGGAGCACAACGGUGAUUCCCUUCGUGAGCUUAGUAAGGAAAUAGAGUGUGUAGUUUGCACACUGCAGAUGCUGCAAUCUCAAAUGGUCAAUCUUCUCCAACAAAAAGAAAACAUGAAGCAGUAUCAUUCCCUAAGUCAAAGAACUAUUAAAGAUGUAAGAGCUGAGGUGCUUCAACUGAAGUCAGAGAUAAUUGACAAGGAAAACUGCUAUCAAGCUAGACUAAAAGAGUUGGAGAUAAAGAUGCAAGAAAAGGAGAAUGACACUGCAGCAUCAUUUAUUUCAUGGCACAACGAAAAAGAGGCACUUGAACUUGAGGUUUCAGAGGCAAAAAGUCUUGCGGUUCAGAAAUCAUUUGAGGCUUCUGCUCUUAUAUCCAAGUUUGAAGAAGCGCAGGCAACUAUAAGUGAUGCUGACACUACAGUCAAGGCACUAGUUGAAGCAAAUGAAAAUGCAAAAUUCCAAAUAGAAAAUUUCAAAGAAAAUGAAGCUUUGUUUCUUUGUGAAAAGGAGAGAUUGCUAACUGAGAUCAGUAGUUUGAAGGUACUGGUGGAGGUGAAGGAUCAAACUUAUGAGGCAUUGGUAAAGAAAUUUGCUGCAAGCCUGCUUGAAGCAAAUGAUGUAACCCUUGAACUUGAAGAUGGCAUUAGACAUUUGCAGAAUUUGCUAUUGGAGAAGCUUGACUUUGUCUCUUCUGAUGUUGAAUGGAUGAAAUCAAAGCUUCAGCAGUUUGCUGAGUUAGCAAGGACUUGGUUAGAGGAGAACUGGUUAGAGAUAAUUGGAAAGGACUGUGCUGUUUCUGUUUUGCAUCUCUGCCACAUGGGGAUUUUGUUGGAGAGAAUUACUGGGCUUAAUGCAGAAAAUGGUUUCCUUCAACGUGGGUUGUGUGAAUCCAAUUCUUUGAUAUCCAAGCUGCGCGAGCACAAUGACAGAUCAAAGAAUGAACUGGAAAUGUGUAGUGUUCUCAAAGGGAAGUUGCUACUUGACAUUAACCAUAAUUUCAGUCGUAUUGCAAAGAAGGAACAAGAAACAACUGAGCUGAACUCAAGAUUAGAUGCUUUUGAGAAGAAGAUUUUGCGCUUACAAGCUCAAGAGGAAGCAAUGUUGGCACGGUCAAAUUCCAUGUAUAAUGAACUUUCUGUAUUGGUGGAAGAGAUUGAUGCUACCAACAAGAGUGCCUUGGCAGCUGAAUCCAAAGAAAAGGAAGAGCUCUGCCACCAAUUAGAUGAAGCUUUGCUUUGCAACAGUAUGUUAAAAGACAUAAUUCAGGAAGAUAUGGAUCCGCUUCAAGUGAAGAAUGCCAUGCCAGCAAAUUAUAUGAAAGGAUGCAGUGAAUUUGAGUUGUGCAGUCGGCUUGCAGAUUAUCGCAAUGAAUUGGUUACUACCAAUACAAUUGCAAAGGAUAUUGAGUCUUUUGUUCUGUCUUCAGAAUUAGUACAAUGCAAAGCACAACUGCAUAAGAAAGAACUCAUGUUUAUUCAUGCCCUUGAUGGAUUGACAACAGAAGUAACUUUGUCUAGAGUUGACCAUGACUUGGGUAGUGCUGUAAUUCUUUCUUUACUUGAGGAUAACAAUAAGACAAUGAUUGAUCUGAAUAACCUUAAGUGGAACAAGGAAAAACUAAUGGGAAACAUACAUGCUCUGAAUGAGGAAAAUCUAAAACUUAGAUCAGUAGUUGGUUCUUUGGAAUCAAGUAUUGAAUCCUUGCAAACGGAACUUGAUGGAAGAACCAAAGCUCUGUUGCAGUUGCAAUACUCCCAUGCAACCAUACUUGAAGAGCUCAACUUGAAAUCCAAGGCCACUGCACUUGGAAUCUCAAGGGAAAAGGAUUUGAAGUUGGAAAAUGAUUUACUGAAAAAUCAACAUCUAGAUAUUGUGUGCAAGGAGCAGAGGAUGGUUGAAUUGGUUUCUAAUAUUGAUGCUGAGAAGCUGUUUGUCACCAUUCAAGGUCGUUUGGAAGAAGUUGCUGAUCAAGUACAGAUGUACACUAGUGACCAAUUGAACAUGGUGACAAAGGUUUCCAGUGAGUUAGACUUCAUUCAAAUGUCCAUCGAAGAGUUGAUUAACCAUAAUGAUUUCCUACAGUCUGAAUUAAUCCGGAAAGAUGAAUUGGCCAAGGGCUUAUCAUUUGAUCUCAGCUUGUUACAGGAGUCAGCAUCGGUUGCAAAAGAUCAAGCAGAUAAACUUAUAAAGUUUACUGAAGCAAUAGAAUCAUUAGAACAUGAGCUUGCUUCUAAAUCACAUGAACUUGAUGAUGCUGUUUCCGGGAAACAAUUACUAGAAACUCAGAUUUUGAAGAGUAAUCAAAGGGUUUCUUCCUUAGAGGAGCAGCUAGCAAAUAAGUUGAAUGAAUUGAAGCUAGCAUAUGUGGAACACGAUGCACUGAGAUCUAAGCUGAACCAUAUUGAAGGGAUCAGUUACACUAUGGAGGAUGAGUUAGCUGAUAAAGAUAAAGCCAUUGAAAGGAUGGAAGAAGAGCUGAAUGCGUUGAGAAGUUUACUUGAUGCCAAGAGCAGCUUUCUUCAAAGUUUGCAGAAUGACUUUGCCAAGCUUUUGGAUGAAAAGAAAUACUGUGAAACUCAGGUUCUGAUCUUGAGCGAGAAGCUGGAGAUGGCGCAGGCAUUGGCAGAUGAAAGUGAAGCAAUUGCUACAGAAGCUAAACAGAUGGCGGAGGAAAGGAAGACACAUGCUGAAGAGAAGGAUGAAGAAGUCAAGCUAUUGGAAAGAUCAAUUGAGGAGCUCGAAAGUACUGUUUGUGCUUUGGAAAAUAAGGUGGACGUCAUUAAGGAAGAAGCAGAGCGUCAAAGAAUGCAGAGAGAAGAAUUAGAACUGGAGCUGCAGAAAGUGAGGCGACAAAUGCUAGCUGUUCCAUCCUCUGGGAAAGCAAUGGGCUCCCUAGAAGGAGAAUUGGUUGAUUUUACUGACUCAUCCAGGAACUCCACAGAGAUAUAUAAUGAGCUACUGGCUGCCCAGGAGAAUAUAAGAAUACUCCAGAAGGAUGUUGCUGAAAAAGAGACAGAGAUUUCUCAGUGCAAGGCACACAUAUCAGAACUAAACAUUCAUGCUGAGGCAGCAGCCCGAGAAUAUAAGCAGAAGUUCAUGGAGCUAGAAGCCAUGGCGCAACAGGUUAAGACUGAUAAUGCAUCUGCAAAUGCUUGUUCCUCGAAACCAGAGAAGAUUAGUUUGAAACCUCGGGGUUCAGGCUCCCCAUUUAAGUGUAUCGGUCUUGGCUUUGUACAACAAAUGAAUUCUGAGAAAGAUGAAGAGCUUAGUGCUGCAAAGCAACGUAUUAUGGAGCUUGAGGGUGUAGCAGCUAGUCGGCAAAGGGAGAUAUUCAUGUUGAAUGCGAGGUUAGCCACAACAGAAAGUAUGACACAUGACGUGAUUCGUGAUAUGUUAGGUGUUAAGAUGAACAUGGCAACUUGGGCGUCACUGGUUGACAAUCAGCAAAAGAUGGACGCACAAGAGUCAACUAUUUCUCACGCUCAUGAAUCUAAAGAGUCCAAUGAGGUGAUGAAGCUGAAGAGCCAGCUUGAUGAAUUUAUUGAAGAGAGACAGAGUUGGCUCGAUGAAAUAAGCCAGCGACAAUCUGAACUUGGAGCGGCUCGCAUUACUAUAGAAAAAUUAAGACAAAAGGAACACUUUUUGGUAGCUGAAAUUGAGUUGCUGAAGGCUGAGAAUGCAAAUGGCAAAGCCAUCAUUUUUAAUCUUGAGGAUGAAGUGAAAAAGCUUACGAGACAGCAGAAUCUUCAGCUGCGAAUCAAUCAUCAUGUGAAAACAAAGGAAGAGAAUACCCUGCUGAAAAAGCAGAAUGAAGAACUAAGUGCAAAGCUGCAGAAGCUAGGUGCAAUUGUUGCCCGUACAAAGGAAGAGCUUGCUCGCUACAGGGUGUCAGACGGGAAAGAUCCAUACCAGCAGAUGGAAGAGGAAGAGCUAUUGAAAAAUAGAUUAAAGGAAAGCGAACAGGAUAGAAACAAACUUGCAGAAAACCUGUCGAGCCUAUGUAUCACCGUUUUGAAGGUCGCUGGAGUUAGAAACCAUGAGACUGAUGCAAGUCUUUUGAAAGCAUUGGAGGCUUUAAAUGAACUCCAACUUCGUAUUGCUUCCAUGGAGAGUGAGGUUGAGGAUCUUAAACUAAAGUGCAAACUAUUGCAUGAAAAUGCCCGUUUAUCAGAGCUCCGGAGCGAGUCAUCUUCUCAUAGCUCAGUGGUGAGGGAAGGUCACUCCAGAUCACCGAGCAUCUCGUCAUUCCGAUGACGCAGCUGACUCAAAUACAGGCGAAGCUAGUGUUGUACAUGUACAUAAUAGUGCUUACUACAUUGUGUUGCUACUUGUUAGUUUACCAGCUAACAACCUACAUGUGCCCCAUGCAUCUCGUGCAGUACAGUUUUGUUUUGUGCGAGUAGGGACAUUAGCCAUGCGUUGCGGAUGUUGUACCUGCUCGCCUAAUUGUAUCAUGUAGAUACAUUGAAAUCGAAUGUAGAUGUAUUCUUUUAAGCAGAACUUGCAGCUGGCCUUGCUGUUUCUUGUACCAUCUUAAACGACACAGUGCAAGUAGUGAUGGUGCUUUUCUUUUUUUUUUUUCCAUUAACCUUAAGGGCUUUUUAUCGUACUUUAAAAGUAUCUUGAGGUACUAAAAUGUACCUUAUGGUACUAAACUUUUAC